UUAGACUGUGGGAGGAAGAUGGGAAGCCCAGAAAAAAGAACAUGGAUGCACAAGGAUAACAGAAAAGUCCCAGCCAGGAUUUAAACCUGGAACUUCUCGCUCAAGUCUUACAUCAUCUAGAAGGCCACAACUUAAAGGAAGAAUCUCCCAAAUGGGUGCAAGAGGUAUUGCUGAGCUGCAAGGUGAUUAGGGCAAAGAUAAAGUGGAGCAUCACCCCUCCCUCCUCUGUUGUCAUCUGAAGUCAACUCAGUGUUGCUAGGGGCAACAUGCCUUGCAUGGAAAAAGCGAGAGAUGGAGAGACCAGCUGGCGAGCGGGAUGGCAGCACAGAGGCGGGGAGAAAGACUGACUGGCUGCCUCUGCUUCUCUGGACUGAGCAGAGCUGAUCCAAGCAGAGCUGGGAUCGUGACGAUGAAGCAGAAUAGUUGAGACACGACAGCCUGGCAGCAUCAGCAGCACAGAGGAAGGCUGCCCAAUCAACGGCCGACAUGCUCAUGAGUUCAGCAGCCAAUGGAAUGCCAGGAAGCACCCACCCUUGCAAAAGCACUCAGUCGCAGAGGCUGCACAGUCCUGCCUCAGAUCUCUUAUUAAUGAAUGGAGCUGUUUUCAGGCUGCAUCAGUGCACAUCUCUGCCCUCUCGGUUCAGCUGCUCCAUCCUCUGACAGAGAAGACCAUCAGCAAAGACAGCGGCUAUAAGGAGAUUCCAGCUCUGACAAUGGAAGGACAACAAAGAAACUCAGAGGUUCACGAUGGGGACACAGCCGAGGACGUGGCAGCAGCUAUUAAAGCCACAGACUCCAUUCUUGAUCUCCACCUUCUGGAUUCACCAUCUCCAUCCUCAUCUUGUUCCCCUCUUCCUCCAUCAGCAUCGGCCUCCGCCCUGCUGGCUUUGGCGUCUCCAGCCACCAGGCGCUCAAUUUCUAUGGGAGACUUUCGGAGGGUUACAGGGGCACUCCUAGCUCGUUCGGAGCCCCCAUCAACUUCUGCCACGGCCCCCUCCUCCAAGCUUGUCACUCCCAGCUCCAGCAUGGAGUUUGAGGCCGCUCGCCGGCGCCUCCUGGAGGUGGAGGAGCGUCAGCGUGUGAUUAGAGAGAUGGAGCGGCGACUGGAGGAGCUCAGGGAGAUGUUUGUGCGCUCAGAGCAGCAGGUAGUGCUUCAUGGGGAGCUGGUGACACGGAUAUCCAGCGCAGCCCAGCAGGGGGAGCUGUACGUGGCAGAAAAUGGUCAACGGCUGAAAAAAGGCUUAAAGUUCAAGAAACAUCGCCCGACCAUCAUCUUUUCCUCCAUGCUUGGACUUCGCACGUGCCUCCCAUGGCCUGUGAAGCUCAAAUAGGACAGCAGGGGCAUUACAGUUUAGUCCUGCGCUCUACAUACCUGAAGGGCAGGACUCCAUCUUUGAACCGUCUUUGGCUAACACAGCUACUUUCCAUUUUUAACCUCUUUGCUCUUGCAUCUUGAGGCUGGACCUCAGGGGCUUUAGAGUGCCUACAAACAUCACAAAUGCUAGUAAGGAACUUCCAGUUCAGUGAGUGUCUGAGGAAAUUAUCUAGCAGGGAAACCAAAUAAGCCUGAACUAGUGAAAUGUGAUCAGAAUCUCAUUAUGUCCACAUAGUUUUUAGAUCUUUUUCUGCUUGUAAGUUGUUUUAAUGUUGCAAAGUAGAGCUUUAGAUCAAGCCUGCAGAACUCAGAUGAGUCAAACAACGUGGGAGGAAAGGUUCAGAAUGACCUGUGAGACAUCUCUAUGGCUAACAUAUGCUGCAGUGGGGCUUAUGUAAUGUUAGAUUGUGAGAAGAAGAAGCAAAGCAGGACAGAAGUGGAAGAAAUGGUUAAAGAGCUGAAACAUCUUAAUAACCUGCUUGUUACCUUAGCAAAUCUAAAGGCUGCUUCACUAGAAAACCAGGGAUACAGAAAUGAUUUGGAGAAGGACAAAACCGUGCCUAGGCUUUUCAGGGACUACUCUUCCUCUACUCUGGAUCCUAAUUUUAGACCACAACCAAGGAAAAGCAGGACAGCAGGAAAGCAAUUCAUGCUGGGACAUUUCCACCUGUGGCCUCUUUUUAUCCAGUCACCUAGCAACCACUCAUCCCUCCAUCUUAAAGCCGAUUCCACACAUGCAUAUGAUGCAUCCAGAUGAGUUUGUGACAGCUGGAGAUCCUCUGAGGGAAUUAGUCAAAGAUACUAUAGAUAGAAAUUUGUAAUUAAUGUGCUACCUUUUUUUGAUUUAGGUGAUGGAAUUGUGGUGAUUUAUCAGUGUCAGAAUGAAAAUCUUGACGAUGCUGAUUUGGUGAGCAGAUUACGUAGAACAAACAGGUAAAUGCUGCUUCUUAGAGCAGUCCCGCUUGCAGUCCGGGUUCUGUCUCAUCUGUAAACAUACUUUUAUUUGAGUUCUUUUGAGAGAUUAGCCAUGAGUUAAUGCAUGCACCUGCAAGAGGUGACCUGAUUUCCACACGUGAUUUGGACCGGUCUUUGCCUGUUUCCUCUCUUUUUGGGUCAGUGUUAAUUUAACCUCUUGAAUUGAUUGGAAUUUCUGCCAUUACUUUGCUUUAGCACACAACGUGUAGCUUACUAUUUUGGCUGUCAAAAGGUAAAAAAAAACAACCUUUAAGAUUUCUGAUGGUGCUUUUAUCAUUAUUACUAGUAUUAUUAUUUUGCUUUUGUUGUGAUAGGUAAAAAGAACAAAAGAGCAAGGCUGUUUACAACACAAGCAUGCGGUUUCAUUGUAUAAUCAAUGUAGGGUUCAUAAAGCUUCAUAUGCUUCAAGGCAGUUGUUCAAUUGUGGCUUUUGCUAGCCUGCACAAAUGAAGAUCAUGCAUUAGAUGCAUUUAUGCCCUUCCUGUUUAGUCAAGAAUAUUUGAAAACAGUGCUAGUAAAUAAUUUGAGGAUGGUUGUGUCAGAAAUCCUGCACACAACAAGGAAGGAAGAUAAGAUGUGUGGAGUCAAACGAUGAGGUUUGACAUGUUGGUUGGUGAACCUGAGUGACAGAAAAAGAUCUUUAAUAGACUCUAAGGGCUAGACGUUAUCACUCUGGCCAAGCUGGAAUCAAACAAAAGGUCACUCCACCAUUUGCACAAGCUGCUACAAGCUAACAAGCAUUUUAGUCAAGAGAAGGAACCAAAAGAAAGUAGCAGAUAAAUCAAACUUUCUCUAGAAAGCAGGGAAGACUUUCUGUUUUGAAUGUAGACUGCAUUUCACAUGCUGGCCACCUUUGUGCACAAACCAAACUGUGUUUUGCAGUUUCUAGCAGAUUGAUUUUAUGAAUGAAAAGAGUCUCAGAGACCUUAAACAUGUUUUCACACUUCUGUGUACAUAGCUGCAGAUUAACCCGCUUAUCAAGCUGGAAUAAUAUGCCUUAUUAUAGACGUUUUUUUCUGUGCAUUAGAAUUUAAUGUAGUCCUGGUAUUUUAAUGGUCUAGGCAAAGACAAGGGUAUUUCAUGACCAUCGUUGACUUCAUUUAAAGUCUCUUUUAAUCAGGAGAAAUAUCCCACUUGAGUCAAGAACUGCUGAAAGACAAAACCUUUUUGUUUUUCCAUGAAUGAAAGGAAACUCAAAGAUCUUUACACUUACAGAAUGAAUGUAAUGCUAUUUUUGGUUUAUUAGUUUUAAAUCUAUGUUGUUGUAAUCUGUGACUGGCUUUAUAUGCUUAUGAAUUUAUUAGCUUUUUCUUUUUCUCACAUCCCUUUACAAACACCUGUGCUAGACAAACACAAAAAAAAAGAUCUGGAUUUCAUAUUUAUACGUUGCUAAAUAUUAAAUAUUGGCACUAAAAGCACAGUGUUUUUUUUACAAGUGUUAAACACAUUUAUUAAGAGUUUUGUAAACUUGAGAGCUUUACUUUCAAUUAUUAUAAGAUCAAAAAUGUCUUCUUUUUAAAAUUUGCUUGUAAAUACUUGGGCACAAUUUUGCUUGGAACAGAUUUUAUUAAUUGCACAAUACAGAGUGGACCUUGUUACAAAUGUAAUAGUUCUGGUUUUAAGAUUUAAAAAAAAGGCACUGUGAAAUAGUGAAUGUUCUGCGGUUUUCUGCCUUCAACUGCUUUAUUUCUUGACCCAUUUCUUUUAUUUCAGCACAAAGCAAAUGUAAGAGACAUUAAUAUUUAUUAGAAGCUCUAAGGUUAAGCAGUUCUAUUUGAAUUUUUGUAAGAUAGGCUCAAUUAUUGAAAUAAAAUCAACCUAAUGGCUUAAAUGUU